GAAGCGCCUCCACCGGUUUCCUGCGCGGAAAAGAAGAAGAGACCUCACUUUCGGCCGCUUGUGUCACAACUUUUCAUCGACAGUUCGGGAUCUUUCGGUGAAAAAUGCCCCCCAAAACCGUCAAAAGGGCGAUUAAAGACGCGUUGGCGGACCUUUCAAAUGAGCAGUUUAAAGAGUUCUGCGAUGAGCUCAGGGAUCGCCCCGGAGAGCCGAAGGUCCUCCAGAACAAGGUGGAGGGUAAAACACGCUUAGAAAUCGCCGAUGUCUUGGUAACUACUUUUACCGAAGCCGGAGCUCCUUCGGUGACCGCAGAGCUGUUGAGAGAAAUCGGCUGUAACGAACACGCAGACAAACUGAUGCAAGAGACCGGCGGACAGCCCUCCAAUAACUCCGGAGCAGCUAGUGUGAACACCACGGCACGAGGUGGCAGCGCAGAGUCAGACUUUGUGGAUAAUCACAGAUCUGCGCUGAUCGACAGAGUGAGCAACAUUAAGACCAUUUUGGAUGAUCUCCUUGCUGAAGGAGUCGUCUCCCAGGCGAAAUAUGAUGAAAUCAUUGAUAUCAGCAACAGCAGGGAUCGGAUGAGGAGCCUCUACUCUGGUCCACUGAACGCUGCUGGACGUGCCGGCAAAGAAGUCUUCUACAAAAUCCUCCAGAGACAUGAGACAUUUCUCAUGAAAGAUCUCCAGAAUAAUUACUGAAUGUUCAUUCAGUUUAGCCAAAUUAUAUAGUGGGCCCAUUUGCAAAAAUAACAAUGAGAAUGUUAUUACCAUGUCACUAAUAUUCAGACAGACCUCACGUUAGAUUAAAAUUAGUGGACGUUUGUAUGAGAUGUGGCGCCUCAUCCACCUGAUCAGUGAUGCUCAAGAUGAGAUAAGUUGUAAUUCAAGUUUGACAAUCAGUUAUAUUUUAAUAAAAAUCUAAACAUUAUGAGGCGGGUUUAACCUGUGAUUUUUAUUCCCAUGUAUGGUCAUUCAAAAAAUGUUAAUUGGAAAUUCAUAUGUAUUGACGAUAAAGUCUUAUGAUUGCGAUUUUUGUUCUUGACAUUUUCAGUGAAUGAAGUUUUUUAAAAUACAUAUAAAGCAAAUAUGAUGGAAUAGUUAGAUUGUGAAUUUAU